AUGGUAAUGUGGAAGGGUAUCGUUUCUGCUGCCGUGGCAGCGCUAGCCACCAGCGGGGCAAAGGCAGCCAGUUACGACGACAUACCAGACAUUGAGGUCUAUGGCCAACAUUUCUUCUACACAAACAAUGGCUCGCAGUUCUAUCUGAAGGGUGUCGCAUACCAGCAGAACUACUCUCCCAAUGGCUCGACAAGCGCCGAUACGAAAUACACAGAUCCAUUAGCCGACGGCGACGCCUGCCGACGAGACAUUCCCUACCUCAAGCAGAUCUACACAAAUGUCAUUCGCGUAUACGCUAUCGAUCCGACCCAAAACCACGAUGACUGCAUGGAGCAGCUGGCCAGCGCAGACAUCUAUGUCAUCUCCGACCUGGGAGAGCCUGGCACGUCGAUCGAGUCGAACAACCCAGAGUGGGACGUCACGCUGUAUCAGCGAUACACAGGGGUUAUUGACGCGCUGAGCAAAUACAAGAAUGUCAUUGGCUUCUUUGCUGGUAACGAGAACGUCAGCAGCGAUAACCAAACGGCUGCCGCCGGAUUUGUCAAGGCUGCUGUCCGUGACACCAAGACGUAUAUCCAAAACCAAGACUACCGCAACACGCUAGGUGUGGGUUACGCGACUGCCGAUGUGCCGUCGCGCAAUGAGCUUGCGCACUACUUCGCGUGCCAGCCCGGCGACUCAGGAAACAAGACCUCCAUCGAUUUCUGGGGCUACAACGUCUACUCGUGGUGUGGCGACAGCAACUACGCUUCUUCUUCCUAUGGCGAGCGCGUCGAUUUCUUCUCCGAUUACCCCGUCCCUGUCUUCUUCGCUGAAUACGGAUGCAUCGAAGGUUUGGAUGACGGUCCCACCAGCCGUCCAUUCACCGAGGUCGAGGUUCUCUACGGCAACAUGACUGACGUUUUCUCUGGCGGUAUCGUCUACGAGUGGUUUAUGGGUGAAAACGACUACGGACUCGUUUCACUCGCUGACAAUGGCGCCAGCGUAUCGCCCUACCCCGACUUCACAUCUCUACAAAGCCAGCUCGCCUCCGCCACUCCAACUAUUACUCAACGCUCUGAAUACACACCCACCAACUCGGCACCUGCCUGCCCCUCAGUCGGAGGAUCAUGGCUCGCGCAAGCCUCGCCACUGCCUCCCAACGUCAACCCCCAGCUAUGCGCUUGCAUGGUCGACAGCCUGCAGUGCGUCUACAAAUCCGACGAUGACGACAAGUACGCCGACGACUUCAACUUCAUCUGCGGCGAGAACGAAGAUUACUGCAACGGCAUUGCACGCAACUCCACGACCGGAGACUUCGGUGCUUACUCCGGCUGCGACCCCAAGGACCAACUUGCUUUCGUCGCGAAUCAAUACUACAUUGGUCAGAAGAAGCGCGCAGAUGCUUGCAGCUUCUCAGGCAGAGCUAGCAUCCAGAGUGCAACCACUGCGGGCAACUGUGCCUCGCUACUGAGUGCUGCGGGCAACAAGGGUGAUGGUAGUGUACCUGAGGCUACGGGCAAGGGUACUGCGGCUGUUAGUGGUGGCAGCGGCAGCGGUGGUGCAGCAAGCUCCAGUUCUGAGGGUGCUGCCCCCAGCGUCAACGCGCCUGGUUUCUUCCCCCACGGCGAUCUAGUCAUGGGCGCGUAUGCUGUUCUGGCUGCGGGCAGCUUACUCGGUAUGCUUGUACUGUGA